CGGGCGGCCGGUGGGGAUGCGCUCGGAAGAGGGGGCCGGAGGCCUGGGUGAGGCCCUUCCUGCGCGGGCUCCCAGCUGGAGGGAGAAACUGUCGGGCCCGGAGGCCCCGUUCCGCCGCGAGUCGCCGCGGAGGGAGUCGGCGGCGGCGGCGCCGGCCCCGGCCUUCAGCGAGAGCGGGGCGGGCAAGCCUCGCGAGGAGAAGAGGACGGCCCUGAGCAAGGUGGUCCUCCGGCGUCUGCCCCCCGGCCUCACCAAAGAGCAGCUGGAAGAGCAACUGCGCCCCCUGCCUGCGCACGAUUACUUUGAGGUGGUGGCUGCGGACCUCAGUCUCUAUCCUCAUCUCUACUCAAGAGCAUACAUUAAUUUUCGGAACCCUGAUGACAUCCUUCUGUUCAGAGAUCGUUUUGAUGGAUAUAUCUUCAUUGGGAAUAAAGGCCUGGAGUAUCCUGCAGUGGUGGAGUUUGCUCCCUUCCAGAAGAUUGCCAAAAAGAAGCUGAAGAAGAAAGAUGCCAAGACUGGAAGCAUUGAAGAUGAUCCAGAAUAUAAACAGUUUCUGGAAACAUACAGUUUGGAGGAAGAAAAAACCAGUGCUAGUCCUGAGACACUUCUGGGAGAGAUCGAAGUGAGGACAAGAGAGCUCCUCGCCAGAAGAACCACACCUCUUUUGGAAUAUAUUAAAAAUAGAAAACUAGAAAAGCAGAGAAUUCGAGAAGAAAAGCGCGAAGAGCGGAGGAGGAGGGAGCUGGAGAAGAAGCGUUUACGGGAAGAGGAGAAAAGGAAAAGGAGAGAGGAGGAGAGAUGUAAAAGGAAAGAGGUGGAUAAGCAGAAGAGAACCGAGAAGGAAGUGAAGAUUAAGCUUCUUAAAAAGCUGGAAACAGGAGAAGAAGCAACCACAGAGAAACCCAAAGAAAGAGGUGACUCAGUUGGUCCUGGAGACGAGAAGCAGGAACCCCGGCCAGUGGAAGGCCUGCCGGAGAUGCCUGGGGAGAGGUUUUGACAGCUGCCGAACAUCAUCAGAAUUAAGAAGAGAGAUUAUCCAUGUGAUUAUGUGGCUAACCAGGCAUUUGAACCAACAAAUUGUUUUCCCUGUCACAGGUUCAAAGAAUAAUCCAAAACUUUUUUUCUAAUCAAAUGCUUUGUGUAUUUUCCCUAAAGAUCAGAGACAAACAGACACUAGAUUGUGACAAGCUAACACUUUUCCCACCUGCUCCUUAAAAACAGUAACAACAACCCAAACUCUGGCUUUUAAAAGCCAUACACCUGUGUGCAUUCACAGGGCUAUUUUUUUUUGUUUGUUUGUUUUGUUUUUUGAAACAGGGUUUCUCUGUGUAGCUUUGGAGCUUGUCCUGGAACUCACUCUGUAGCCCAUGCUGGCCUCGAACUCACAGAGAUCCACCUGCCUCUGCCUCCCCAGUGCUGGGAUUAAAGGUGUGCGCCACCACCGCCUGGCCACAGGGCUAUUCUUAUCCUUAAGGUAAAGCUGCAUUCUCUCGGAGACAACUCUGGUUUCUAAAACAUCCUUCACUGUGUAAAUGAAGUGAUGGUGUCUUCAGGUCAUGCAGCUCUACUAUCCCCAGUAGUGGGUCUUUGAAAACGCUGCUGUUCCCUUCAAAGGCGAUCUCACUGGGUGCCUCUUAUGCACUGAGCACACAGUCUCUGAUGUCACAGGGCCACACUUACAAAUAAAAAGAACAAGAGGGCUGAGGAGGUGACUCUGGAUAAUCAGUGGGUGUUCUGAUUCCUAGCAUCCAUGUAAAAAAACUAGAUGGGCAUGUGGCCUGAGCUAUGUGGCCAGUGGCAGAGGUGGGGUGGGAGUGAAGGGAUUGGAGAUAAGGACUCUACAGAGCAAGCUGGCCAGUAAGAUUAGCCAAAUCAGCAUGCUCUGGGUUCAGUUGAAAGACCUCGCCUCAGUAUAUUAGUGAUCAAGGAAGAUACCCAACAUCAACCUUGGGCCUACACACACGUGUGAGCGUGCACCUGUGCACGCGCCUAUGCUUCACCCAAAAGCCACAUUGCGGGUGGUGAUACUCUAAUGACUGUCCAGUAUUCCUCAGGUUAGUAUUCACAGUGUUGUAAGGAGUGGGGAGAUAGCUUAACUGGUAAAGUUCUUGCCACGUAAGCACAAGGACUUGAGUUCAACCCCUGUAGCACGAAUCCUAAUUGGUCUUAUUAAUAAAAACCUGGAGUCAGAUAUCAGGGUGAAAGCUGAAAGAUCGGAGAAGCAGAGCAGCAGCCACUAGUUCUUACUUCUAUGAAAUCCUCUGCUGAAAGGGAUCUGAGCUCCUGUCUCCUCCCACCUUAUAUUCCUCUCUCUGCCCAGCCAUAUCCCUUCCUGUCUCUACCUCCCAAGGGCUGGGAUUAAAGGUGUGUGCCAUCAC